AUGGCUCGCCUAGUCAAGAAGUUGGGGACUUUAUUUUCAAUGAAAGAUUUGGGCCCUCUUAAUUAUUUCCUGGGAAUUAAAGUCAAAUAUGUUGGUGCUCAAAUGCAUUUGAAUCAAGCAAAGUAUGCACAUGACUUAUUGAAACACACCAAAUUCUUGGAUGAUAAACCUAUUUCAACCCCAGUUCCUUGUGGCCAGAAGUUAAGUGCUUAUGAUGGUGAGCCGCAUGACAAUCCAGUUUUGUAUAGAAGUGUUGUUGGUGCAUUGCAAUACCUUACGAUCACGAGACAUGAUCUUUGUCACGCAGUAAACCAGGUAUGUCAAUUCAUGCAUUCUUCGAAAUAUACACAUUGGAUGGUGAUCAAGAGGAUUCUUUGUUAUGUAAAGGCUACUUACAACCAUGGUCUUUUGUAUAAACCUGGCAUUGCACAUCUCACGAGAUUUUCUGAUGCUGAUUAUGCUGGGGAUUGUGACACACGGCAUUCAAUUGGUGGUUUUUGCAUUUAUUUAGGCUCUAAUCUUGUUUCCUGGAGCUCUAAGAAACAAAAAACAAUGUCUACAUCGAGUUCAGAAGCUGAAUAUAGGCAGCUAGCAUACACAACUGCUGAACUAUCUUGGCUCAGGUCUCUUUUCUGUGAUCUACAUUUAUAUCUUGAAAGUCCCACAAUCUGGUGUGACAAUAUCUCGUCCAUUGCACUCGCUUCAAACUCUGUGUUUCAUUCAAGAACAAAGCAUUUGAAGAUAGAUUAUCAUUAUGUUCGUGAUAAGGUGGUUCGUGGGGAGUUACUGGUGAACUACAUUUGA